AUGUAUGCCAUUCGGAAGGCUUCACCAUUCCCUGCGUAUGCUGAUUUUACUGUUUAUUUGGAAGAGCAGAGGAUUGCAGAUUCGCAAUCGUUUGUAGAAUCACUUUCGGAACUCGAACUCGCUUUACUGAUCUGUGCUGCCCGUGCUGAAGUUAAACUGGAAAGUGAUACGCUGAAUUUUAAUCUGGUUUAUGACGAGUAUGUCGAAGUUGGUAAACGGAUUCGUGAAGACCGUCGAGCUGCCAUUGUGUCUGCUGAUGUCGACGGCUACAGGAUAUGGUCUCGACAGGUCGCGAGGUCUGCAUGGGAAAAGCUUGAGGCCAUGGAACUUGUGGUGUAUAUUUCAUCUACAGCGACUGGAAAGGCAGCUGCUGCUGGUGCAGCCCUUGAUGACGAACUAAAGCUGAUAAAAGUUGAUGCCAGCUUGCUGGAGAUCUCGAACAUGAUCGGAAGAAGCCAUCCACUACACAAAUGGACUCGUAUAUAG